GAUCACCUUGAUGAAAUGGACAAGUUACUAGAAACACACAACCUAUCUAGAUUGAAUCAUGAAGAAUUAGAAAAUCUAAACAGACCGGGGCCAAGGCUGGCGGGCGCGGAGAAAAUGGCGGCGGCGGCGAACGGGACCGGAGGGAACAGCGGGAUGGAGGUGGAUGCAGCAGUAGUCCCCAGCGUGAUGGCCUCCGGCGUGACAGGGAGCGUCUCAGCUCUUCAUCCCCUUGUCAUUCUCAACAUUUCAGACCAUUGGAUUCGUAUGCGCUCCCGGGAGGGGCGGCCUAUGCAGGUGAUUGGGGCUCUGAUCGGGAAACAGGAGGGCCGAAAUAUCGAGGUGAUGAACUCCUUUGAGCUGCUGUCCCACGCCGUGGAAGAGAAGAUUAUCAUUGACAAGGAGUGUUACUACACCAAGGAGGAGCAGUUCAAACAGGUGUUCAAGGAGCUGGAGUUUCUGGGUUGGUAUACCCCCGGGGGGCCGCCUGACCCCUCUGACAUCCACGUCCAGAAGCAGGCGUGCGAGAUAAUCGAGAGCCCUCUCUUUCUUAAGUUGAACCCUAUGACCAGGCACACAGAUCUUCCCAUCAGUGUUUUUGAGUCUGUCAUCGAUAUGAUCAAUGGAGAGGCCACAAUGUUGUUUGCUGAGCUGACCUACACACUGGCCACAGAGGAAGCUGAACGCAUCGGUGUAAACCACGUAGCCCAAAUGACAGCCACAGGCCGUGGGGAGAACUCCACUGUGGCUGAACACCUGAUAGAGCAACACAGUGCUAUUAAGAUGCUGCACAGCCGGGUCAAACUCAUCUGGGAAUGCGUCAAGGCCUCUGAAGCAGGGGAGGUCCCCUUUAAUCAAGAAAUCCUGCGGGAGGCCUAUGCCCUGUGUCACUGCCUCCCAGUGUUCAGCACAGACAAGUUCAAGACAGACUUUUAUGAUCAAUGUAAUGACGUGGGGCUCGUGGCCUACCCUGGCACCAUCAGCAAAACGUGCAACACCAUGAACCAGUUUGUGAACAAGUUCAAUUUCCUCUAUGAUCGACAAGGCAUUGGCAGGCGGAUGCAGGGGCUCUUCUUCUGAGAGGAUACUUGAAGGGAGGAUGCACAGGUUGGACAGUGGUCCCACAGGGGAGGGGUGUUACACUCCCUUUAGAGAAACCUCUGUCAAUAAUAAAAGGGGAGCAGCCCCUCAGCACCCC